AUGAAGCCGAAGCAGCAACGCCAACAAGAGCACAGUUCCGAUAACAACAAUACUGGAAAUCAAGACAAAAAGGAAUCCGAACAACCAAAAGCUCCAUCACCUUUACGUCCUAGAAAGCAUAAAGACGCAGCUGAUCGAACGCAAGCUGACAGUCCUAACCCAAACCAAAAGAAACAAAAAAAGCCUUCUGGUGAGAGUUCAUUCCGUGUUCCAAAAUCGAAUUCGAGAGCUCGUGAAAUUGUUCAAGCAUGGGUUCAAAGAGCUCUGGAUAUGGGGGUUCAGAAUCUUGUGAAAGAGUUUCAAAUGUUGGCCAAAUGGAUACCAGAUAACAUGACUUGCGAUGAAUUUCUGAAAAACCGUGAAUUCAACAGAUACCAAGACGUGCCCUGCCAAGACGACAGAAGAAUUGUUUUGAAUUGGCCCGGAGUAGAUAAUGAUUAUAUUCAUGCAAAUUUCGUGGCAACUCCUAACAGUGAUAAAAGAUUCAUUUGUACUCAGGGGCCAUUAGAAGGAACCCAGUUCGCGUUUUGGAUUAUGGUGGUUCAAGAGGAAGUUGAAAGUAUUAUAAUGCUCUGUAAUACAAUGGAAUGUGGAAAAAUCAAAUGUCAUCAAUACUAUCCUUUGGAGAAGAAUACAUCAAGAGUGUUUGGAGAGGGAGAUAGUGCCAUCAUGGUCACUACCAUUGAUAUUAAAAACCUCUCAGCUGAAGAUCCAUUCGUUCGUGUUUCACGUUUCAUUGUUCAUUGGAAAAACAGAAGCGGUGAAAAUCAAAGUCGCAUGAUAAGCCAUUACCAAUGGGAAAAUUGGCCAGACAGAGGAGUUCCGCCAACCAAUCUUACUGCCGUUAAUGUUCUUUCGCAUGUUCGUGGAUCAACAAAACCUAUAUUGGUUCAUUGCUCUGCCGGUAUAGGCAGAACUGGAACAAUCGUGGCGAUUGCGUACGUUCAGGAAAAAAUGCAAGCUGGGCUCAACUGUAUGGAUAUGAAUGAUCUAUUGAAAGAACUAAGAAGUCAGAGACCAUAUUCCAUUCAGAACGAAUACCAAUACAUAUACGUUCAUCGUGUGUUGUUAGCUUACUUCCUUGAAAGAUAUGCGGAUCGUCAUAGUUCUUGUCUACAAGGAGAAAACUCCGAAAAGUACAAGAAAUGGGUUGAAGAUUAUAAGCUUCUGACAUCAACUUGA